GAGAAACCCGAAGGCCCGAGGACCUGGGCACGACAGCGGUUAAGCAAGCGGAGAACAAUUCGCUGGCGGCGCAAUGCCCCGUGGGUCUUGUAGUUUCUUGGCUGGGCAUGGCCGGAAAAGAGGACAGAAAGGCGCAUUGCAUGGCGGGAGAUAUAGUCCUUGCGGGAAGUCCCUCCUCCCUCGGAAGCCUGGCGGCGCCGGCGCACACUGCUCUUCCUUAAGGGCGGGAGUCUCGGUUUGUGGUGGCUUCGCUGAGGCAGUGGUGGCCGCACUAUACCGUUAGAAGCUCAGUUUCCUGGAGGCUGUAAGGCCCUUUGAGGCGAAAUGGCUCCGGGCGUGAAAGGAGCAGGCGUUGGCAAUGGAAGGACCGCCGCGACCUCAGGCUGACCGUAGGGAGGGGUCUUGAGGGCCCUCCGAGUCCCCUGGGCUUGCGCUUUCUUUCUUUGCAGCCACCGUGCCUACCGCGAGGAUGAGCUCGGCCUCGGUCACCAAUUUCGAGAAGGAGCAUCUCUGGAUGUAUCUGCAGGCCCUCGGCUUCGAGCCAGGCCCGGCAACCAUUGCCUGCGGAAAGAUCGUGUCACACACGCACCUCGGAGUGAACAUGUUUGACAAGCUGAACCGUGAUGCCUUUCAUAUAGUUUCUUAUUUUUUGUUUCAAGUUCUGGACCAGUCUCUCACCAAAGAAAUUUUCAAAUUUUGUUGGCCCCCAUUUGACCAAAAGAGUGAUACUGAAUUCCGAAAACAUUGCUGUGAAUGGAUAAAAAGGAUUUCUGGUGAAUGUGGAAGUAGCUUUCCUCAAGUUGUUGGUUCACUAUUUCUUUCUCCUGGUGGUCCUAAGUUUAUUCAUCUGAUGUAUCAUUUUGCAAGAUUUGUUGCAAUGAAAUAUAUUAAAUCCAAUUCUAAAAAUUCUUCUCAUCAUUUUGUAGAGACAUUUAACAUAAAACCACAGGACUUGCACAAAUGCAUUGCCAGAUGCCAUUUCGCACGUAGCAGAUUUUUACAAAUUUUGCAAAGAGAAGAUUGUGUUACCCAAAAAUAUCAGGAAAAUGCACAAUUAUCAGUUAAGCAGGUACGAAACUUGAGAUCUGAAUGUAUAGGACUGGAAAACCAAAUAAAGAAAAUGGAACCCUAUGAUGACCACAGUAAUAUAGAAGAAAAAAUUGAAAAGGUUCGGUCUUUGUGGGCUUCAGUGAAUGAAACGUUCAUGUUUUUGGAAAAAGAGAGAGAAGUUGUUAGUUCGGUCCUUAGUGUUGUUAACCAAUAUGCUUUAGAUGGAACUAAUGUUGCUAUUAAUAUUCCAAGGCUCUUACUUGACAAAAUUGAGAAACAAAUGUUUCAGUUGCACAUAGGAAAUGUUUAUGAGGCUGGAAAACUGAACCUCUUAACAGUUAUUCAGUUAUUAAAUGAAGUCUUGAAGGUGAUGAAAUAUGAACGUUGUCAGGCUGAUCAACCAAGAUUGAUGGUAGACCUUCACUACCUUGAAAAAGAGACCAAAUUUCAAAAGGAAAGAUUAUCAGAUCUGAAGCAUAUGAGGUAUAGAAUAAAAGAUGAUCUCACAACUAUAAGACAUUCUGUUGUUGAAAAGCAAGGAGAAUGGCAUAAAAAGUGGAAAGAAUUUCUUGGUUUGUCUCCUUUCAGUCUAAUUAAAGGUUGGACUCCAUCUGUAGAUCUUUUACCACCGAUGUCUCCCCUUUCAUUUGAUCCUGCCUCAGAAGAAGUGUAUGCAAAGAGUAUUCUUUGUCAGUAUCCAGCUUCACUUCCAGAUACACGUAAGCAACAUAACCAAGAAAAUGGUUGCAGAGGAGACAGUGAUACCUUGGGAGCUCUACAUGAUCUAGCCAACAGCCCUGCCUCUUUCUUGUUGCAGUCAGUUUCAUCAUCAGAUAGAAACAGUGUUACACUGCUUGAAAAGGACACAAAGAUGAAAACUCCCAAAGAAAAAAACGAAGCAAUUUCUAAGAAAAUACCAGAAUUUGAAGUGGAAAAUUCUCCAUUAUCAGAUGUUGCAAAGAAUACAGACAGUAGUGCAUUUGGAGGGUCCGUGCCAGCUAAAAAAAGUGAUCCAUUUCAAAAAGAGCAAGAUCAUCUGGUAGAAGAGGUUGCCAGAGCAGUUUUAUCUGAUUCACCACAGCUCUCUGAAGGAAAAGAAAUAAAAUUAGAGGAACUAAUUGACUCUCUGGGUUCUAACCCCUUCUUAACAAGGAAUCAGAUUCCCCGUACUCCAGAAAACUUGAUAACUGAAAUUAGGAGCUCAUGGAGGAAAGCUAUUGAAACAGAAGAAAACAGAACUACAGAACCAAUUCAAAUGGAUGCUGAACAUAGAGAAGUAUUGCCAGAAUCAUUACCUGUGUUGCACAAUGAAAGAGAAUUUAGCAUGGCCGAUUUUCUCUUAGAAACCACUAUAUCAGAUUUUGGCCAGUCUCAUUCAACUGAAGAGAAAGUUGUUUCAGAUUGCGAGUGUGUGCCUGAGAAACAUGUGCUGACCAGUCACACAGAUGAAUCACCAACACAAAAUCAGUCAGAUUUGUUAAAUAAGAAAGUAAUUGACAAGCAAGAUUUGGAAUGUUUAGCCUUCACCAAGCUUUCAGAAACUGGCCGAAUGGAGACAUUCUCCCCUGCUGUCGGCGAUAGGAUAGAUGUGAUGGGUGGCAGUGAAGAGGAGUUUAUGAAAAUAUUGGACCACUUAGAAGUUUCUUGUAACAAACCUUCCACAGAUAAAACUAUGUUGUGGAACUCUUUUCAGAUAUCAAGUGGAAUUAGUUCUAAGAGUUUUAAAGAUAAUGAUUUUGGCAUAUUACACGAAACUCUUCCGGAAGAAGUUGGUCACCUAAGUUUUAAUAGUUCCAGUAGUUCAGAGGCCAAUUUUAAACUGGAGCCAAAUAGUCCUAUGCAUGGUGGCAUUCUUCUAGAAGAUGUUGUGGGCGGGAGACAGACUACUCCAGAAUCGGACUUUAAUUUACAGGCUCUUCGCAGUAGAUAUGAGGCUCUGAAGAAAUCUCUUUCCAGGAAAAGGGAAGAAUCUUACCUCUCGAAUUCCCAAACACCUGAAAGACACAAACCAGAAUUGAGCCCUACUCCCCAAAAUGUACAAACAGAUGAUACGCUUAACUUUUUGGACACCCGUGAUUUGCAUACUGUGCAUAUAAAGCCAUCUUUACGCAUGUCCAUUGGUGAAAGAAAACGGUCUCUUUCACCACUAAUUAAGUUUUCUCCGGUGGAACAAAGAUUGAGAACCACAAUAGCAUGUAGUCUUGGAGAACUACCUAAUUUAAAAGAAGAAGACAUUUUGAAUAAGAGCCUUGAUGCAAAAGAACCACCGCCUGACUUGACAAGAUGAAGACGUACCUAUUUAAUAUAACUAUGAUGCACUUAAAUUGAAGCUAUGCCACAGGAUAGAAACUGAAUUAUAACUUAAAUACAUGUUGGAAGUGUAACACUGUUUUUCAAGGUUUAAAAAAAAUUCCUAAUGCCUUUUAGCCUUCUUUAAUCUUUUUAGGUAAGGAAAGUAUGUUUGGAUUUUUUCUCUUUGUAGGUAUAUGAGAUUGAAAUGUGAAGUAUUUGGAAAACAAAUGUCAAGCAAUGGGAAGCCAUUUUGAUUUCUUGAGUAAUCUUGUAAGCAUUAAGUGAAUGACAAAGUAGUAGUGUAACUAAUUUCUUAUAACUUCAGUCAAUUAAUAUAAGGAUAAGUAGUUUUUGUUGUGUGUUGACUAAGUGGUUAAUAUAAUAGCCAUUGAAUAUACUAAUCUUUCACCUUAGAGAACUAUACAGCUUUUAUUGUUUCUUUAUGGAACAUUCUGGCUAACCAGAAAAAGUGAGAAAAGUAGUACUUUGGGAUGUGUAGUCAAGAUGACAAAUUUUAAGACUGGAAGAGCUCUAAACAGGCUUAAUGAUUCUUCAAGUAGAAUGAUCCUGAGAAGUGAUGUUUGAUGGAAUAAAGUGCAUGUGAUGAUUAAGUGAAGACUGGGGCAGAAUGAUUUAAAAAAAGGAAAAAGGUGGAAGAAGAUGAGUAGACAGUUGCAAGGAACACUGUCAAACUAUAAAUCCAUUCAGUGGGUUGUAUAACAUUUAUAUUUAGUCUAAUUUAGACUUUGAUAAUUUAAUCCUACUUUUAUAUUUUAACAAAAAUAUAAAUUAAAAUUUUCAUUAGUCUG